AUGCUGCGGAGGACGCUGCGCCGAUUUAGUUCCGGUGGUGGGGAGUUGUUUCCGACCUCGAAGCCGGCCGCCCACCUGGUGCCGGCGUGGGUCACGGAGCGCCAUGUGCCGCCCCCGCCAGGCCGCGGGAAGUGUUAUGUCGAGGUCACGCGGCCACCGGGCCACUACAAGUGGCAGGCCACGCAGCCGGAGGUGCACGCGGUGGCAUUGGCGCAGGUAGACGCAACAUCCUCCCCGCAGGAGGCCACUGUGCGUCGGCCGUCGCGGAACACCGUGGCGUCAACUUUAGCAGGUGUAAAUGGCGCUCUCGGCCGCAAAGUAAAAUCGGCUGAGAAUAGUAUUGCCAUGGCAAAUAUUGCGGCACAACGGCGCAGUGAAGCUCGGAUGAAAACGAGGGAUUACGCUGAGCACCAACACCCGGCGAGGUUUCGUCCUGGGUGGGAGGCCAAGACAGACGUAGUGGAACUUUCGGAAUGGAUGUACACACGAAUUCAUAACCAUCGCAAGCUUCACAAUGACAAUCGUAACGGAUAUGAGAAGGAGCACAUGAUAUGGGGGGCGAAGCCAGCACCACCCGCGAUAAAAACAUAG